CGUUAUGCCAGGUGCAAAAUGGACUUUACUUGGGCUGAUAUAUCAGCCAAAAUUAAACCGGCGUUUCCUAACACCGCGGACGAAGCAAUUGAAAUCUUUUCUGAGCAUGAAACCCCGUUGGGGCUUGUACUUAGCUUUGGCUGGGAUCGCGAAAAGCUGCUGGCCGGCUCGGAAGCCGCGCGCUUCACGGCGGUCGAGCAGGUGGUAGAGGUGCUGCUUCGGCCCACAAACGCGGACCCGAGGGUGGCCAAAGCAAUGAGGGGCGCUAUGAACAUUAUCAUGGCUGAGUUCCUGCGAGAUCCGCCUCCCCAAGAUGCGACUCCUUCGAACAUCAAGGCGGGGGCGGAGGGACCUCGCCCGGCACCGGGAGCCCCCAACCGCGCAGCGGGCUCCGGUUCCGCACAGCGGGUCAGCCAGCGAGGGCGCCGCUGGUCCCAACAGAAAGCGAUCCGGCGAGGAGAUUGGGCGUGAGCUGAAGCGCGCUAGGACAGGGAGCAUGCACUUCCAGUGCCUGGUGUGCAACAGCGUUAACAGAAUCAGUGAGAACAACAACAGCAACCUAGCCGAGAUCAGAAGUCACUGCGUGCGGGCAGUACAUCAACGUGGGAUGCAGGCGGCUAGACUGGGCUACAUCAUCGGCGUGCGACAUUCUCUUGAAUCCUUGCGUGAAACCGGUACCCAUACUACAGUGGAGACUGCCCAGCCCAAGCCGGUGAGUUUGGUUACGGUUAGGGCAAUCCCAAUCCCAUCUUGGCUGGACCACAACAUUCGAUCCUGUGCUUGGCCACAUUACAUCCUAUCUUGUGCAGGCAACUCCUGUCGAUCCAACUAUGAUCGAGUGCCCGCCCACUCCCGACGGCAUGCCGUCGGCGGGCUUGAAGAUGUGGCAAGCAUUUAAGCAAGUCAUCGACGAUUACAAGGCUGCGGCGCCGCACAUAGUUGCACAUACAUCCAAGACUCAGCCUUCCGAGCCCCUGGGUCUGCCUGCUGAUGUGAGUACCACGCCCGGCGCCUUUAGGCAUCUAGGUUCCACCUCGGCGGGUGUGGCUCCAGCUUCUGAGCGGUCGGGUCCUUUGGCUCCGAUUCCAAUUGUGUGGAGUCAAAGCAACAUGGGUCGAAGCGGGGAUGGUAACAAUGUUGCUAAGGGAUUCAAAGAAGGGGCCACAGGAGAAAGCAGCGUGGCUGGUGUUGCUGGUGUUGCUGGCUUUGGGGAAGGUGGGGAAGGUGGGGAUGGUGGGGAUGGUGGGGAUGGAGGGGAUGGUGGGGAUAGUGCGGAUGGGGAGGGCGGUGGGGACCGUGGGAAGGAUGGAGGGGAUGGUGGGGACCGUGGAGAUGGUGGGGGCAGUGCCCAAGGCGGGGGUGGUGCAGCCCAGGGCGGGGGCUGUGCCCAAGGCGUGGUGCCUAAGGUGUAGGUGGUGCUGCAGCUAGUGGAAUGCCUAAUGGAGGGCUCGUGGAAGGAUUAGAGUGGAAGCUAAGGCUUAGAGCAUGUGAACUAUGUGAACAUGGCUAGUGAGCUGACCAGUUGCCUCCAAUGCUUGCUUGUAGUUGGGUGAAUGCCCUUGCUGUGGCAAGGCCCCACAUCAACCUCUGUGCUGCUGCGGAGAUCCUCCCAUCCAAGUAACCUCAAGUAAGGACUGGAAAAUGGUGAAGGAGCGGUGCCUCUUAUUUCCAUCCAAUUGGGUCCUGGGUAGACUACUGCUGGCCUGCUAUCGGUGUCACUGCGCCUUAAUUGCCAAAGAUCUCCAGCAACUUGACCCAGUAUACAGCUUCGAGGCGGAAUACAUGCUCGUCAGCUGCUUGAGACCCACCAGUUGUCCAGGGUUCUCCUGCCCAGCAUUGGCCGCCAGUCAUGUUUCUGGAUCCAUCAACGCUGAAACAUUCAGACGCUUAUGUGAACUCGAACCCAAUAUAAGACACUUUCCGCAACUACAAAGUCCAAUGAAAGACGGGGUUGCACAUCUGCCCGCGGACGGGCAAGGAGACGUACUACCACCCGUCGCGCAUCAGCCCGCAGCACGUUGCGCUGUGAACGGCUGAAGCGGAAAGCGCGGCCGUGGGAGCUGCGUGUACUGUGCUAGUGACGGCGUGCUUGGCCGUGGCGCUGGCUGUAUGCUGAGUAUGUGUGCGACGCGUGAUGCGUGGGGAAGUUUAGAAGCAUGGUUACGGGACCGGACAUGGGUUUCCGUGGGAGCCAUCGUGCAGUAGUUGGUAACGCCGGAUUGUGCGUGCCUGAGCCAUGUGCAGGACCAUAUGCGUGGCAGACACUGCAGACUUGCGGCAUGCAAGUACUGUGACGUAAUGACUGCGGUGAUAGCAGCAUGCGUGAUUAGCUGCGGGUUAUAUGCAGCGGUUGGUACUGCGGUUAAGCAGUGCUGUUGUCUACCAAGGGCGCGAGCGGCCUAGCUUGCCAAGGGUGUAGAUGUGUGUGCGAAGUGUGUGACUUGCGGAUUGAGCAAGCACGACGGUUAGGUCUUGUCCGACUAAACAAGCCUGGUAGCAUGUUUGCCGGUGUGCGCAACAUGAGAUUGAUUGAUUGAUGCGAUGCGGUAUAAGCAUGUGGGUAGGAUGAUGCAAUGGACAUGCGAGAUGCAGCGGAAAGCGUACGGUGAUUAAGACAUGCGAUUUAUUGACUGACCCAUCUAGCGUGAGACGGCUAGAGUCGCGUGGGAGCUACGUUAGCUGUGGAGGCAUGAGUAGUGCAGGAUGUGCGAAAUGAUUGACGUGUGUUCGUGCCGUCGACCACGUGGGAGUGUUGGAAAGUCGCCGGUAUGGUCGACUGUCACUCACACUAGUUACACGGGUUACACCGAACGUUAGGCAAUGCAGGAAGUAGCGUGCCUAGGAAAGUGAGGAUGAACGGGCAAUGCAACAGGUGCUGCGGGCGCAAGUAGCCGGGGAAGUUGCAUGCGGACGUUGCGCGAUCUAGGCGGGAUAUAAGCCGGCGUUGGCACGCCGGACUUACACCAGUCUUAUUCUACCUUACUGGGUCAAUGUAACAGUAUAACAUG